GAAGCAUCGGUCCACGACGACGUCGACGAGCAUCGAUCUGUGGUGGUUGGGACGGCCGAUCGCCAUUUUUACUGCCUUGCCCAUCAGCGGAGCCCAUGCGGCCCGAAGGCAAAUCCUGUUACGUCUCCUGACGAGGAAAUCCCCCUGAAAAGUAGGAGCGGGAUAAUUGGAAGAAGCCACAAGGAGAUUCGGAACUCUUCUUUGCUCCUGCCUUCUAGUCCGAUCACCGUGUGCCAUCAAUGGCAACCAAGAAGUGGAUGGACUCUGAGAACGAACAGGUAUUGGUUGAACAACAUAACUGUGCGAGGACAAUUGUCCUGAACAGACCGCGCCAAUUGAACGCCCUCUCCUUCAAGAUGGUUUCUCGUCUUCUUCAGUUAUUUCUUGAGUUCGAGGAAGAUUCUAAGGCCAAGUUGCUGAUUAUGAAGGGAAAAGGAAGAGCUUUUUCUGCUGGUGGUGAUGUUUCUGCUGCUGCUCAUCUUGCAACUGAAGGUCACUGGAGUUUUGCUGCUAAAUUUUUCCAAGUUGAGUACACACUAAAUUAUGUCAUGGCGACAUAUAGUAAACCUCAGGUUUCACUUCUUGAUGGGAUUGUCAUGGGAGGCGGUGCUGGCGCGUCUAUGCAUGGGAGAUUUCGAGUUGUCACAGAGAAUACAGUGUUUGCAAUGCCAGAAACAGCACUUGGUCUGUUCCCAGAUGUAGGUGCAUCUCAUUUUUUGUCCAGGCUACCUGGCUUUUUUGGGGAAUAUGUUGGUCUGACAGGUGUAAGGCUUAGUGGUGCUGACCUUCUUGCAUGUGGGCUUGCAACGCAUUUUGUUCCUUCUAUGAAAAUUCCUCUGCUGGAAGAGGCACUUCAUGUGGCAGAUACAUCUGAUCCACUUGUCGUCAAUGCAAUCAUUCUCAAGCUUUCAGAAAGAAUUCCUCUGAAAGACAGUAGCCCCUAUCACAGACUCGACAUCAUUAAUAAGUGCUUUUCCAAAAGAUCAGUGGAAGAAAUUAUGUCUGCCCUUGAGGAGGAGACUUUAAAGGGAGUAAAUGAGUGGCUUUCUGUAACAAUCGAGUCUCUAAAGAAAGCAUCACCCUUGAGCCUUAAACUUUGCUUAAGAUUGAUCAGAGAGGGUAGGCUGCAAAGCAUUGACCAGUGCCUGAGCCGUGAAUACAGAGUUGUUUCCCACAUAAUGAAAAGUGAACAUAGCAGCGAUUUUUUUGAGGGUUGCAGGGCUAUACUGUUUGACAAAGACAGGAAUCCCAAGUGGAACCCAUCAAAAUUGGAAUUAGUCAGUGAAGAGAUGGUAGAUGACUAUCUCACAAAGGUUAAUGAUGAAGAAUGGAAAGACCUGGAGCUCUUGCCUAGGCCUAGAGCUACUGCUUCCAGUAUAUCAAAACUCUGACCAUGUAACACCUGAUCCUUGUGGAUUGUGAUUAUUGCUUUGAUGCUCAACGAAAGUGUUUCAACUGAUUAGUAGACUACUUGUGUAUUCUGAUGACAACAAUUAGUUUAUAUAAUUCAAGGAUCUUGUUGCUGUUACAUUUA